GUUGAUAAUCAGUUUCCGGAAGAGAAGUGACAAGUAGCGAGCAAGCAGCCGACGUUUCCCGGGAUAGUUUGGGAAAUGCAAUGAAGCACUGGUUUUAAAGAGCCCGGUAGACAGAGACUAACUGGGGAACAGAGGUUGUGGUGGAGUACGCUCAUCAAGGCGUACUGUGUGUGCCGGGGACGUAGAAACCUGCCCCCAUGAGGAUUUAGGAGGUGGUUAGUCAAGCUUAUACAAAGUUUGGGGCAGGUAGCAUAAUGGAUCGCUGGACCUGUCCAAAUGACCGCCAGCUGGCAUUGCGAGCCAAGCUUGGUACUGGCUGGUCCGUCCACACCAAUCGACUGGGGAUGUUCCACAAGGGAGAUAACCUGAGCAUUGAUGAACAGGAACACAUCAUGAAUGUGAUCUGUAAGGCAGACUUCCUGGAGCGCAACGAACAGGAGCGUAUUGGGCGACUUGUGGAGAAGUUAGACAACAUGAAGAAAAACGCCAUUGGUAAUGGAACCACCCAGUGUAUUCUGUGUGGGGAUGAGUUCGGUCUCCUAGGGGCAUCUCCAACAUUCUGUGAUGACUGUAAAAAUGCGGUGUGUACUAAGUGUGGGAUCGACACGUAUAACUGUAACAAACAACCACUGUGGCUGUGUAAGAUCUGUAGUGAAAACAGGGAGGUAUGGAAGCGAUCCGGAGCAUGGUUCUUUAAAGGCCUCCCGAAGUAUACAAUACCAGAGAAAAAGGCUAUGGAGGCUACCAAGGUUGUCACUACCAAAGGGCGUUCAGAAUCCAGAGGUGUACAGAGGGGACGACCGGGUUCUACACGUAACUAUAACACAUGGAGUAGAGGCAGAGGCAAUCAUGCUUAUGGUGAAAGCAGUGAGCAAGAGACUGAGAGCAGCUCUGAAGAUGAGAUCAGUAUCGGCAAGCGCAAGACCGGUCGCAACAGGGGAGACUCGGAGAGUGACAAUGUGAGUGUGACCAGUUCAGCCAGCGGUCAGUACUACAGUGGACACAACCCUAAGGAGACCCGCGGCAGUGUGACCAGCAGUAACUACCAUGGUGGUCAGCUCAGCGCUACGGAAAGUAGCCGUGGCGACGACCUCCACGAGGAUACAGACAGCGAGAGUGUUGGAGAGUUCAGUCGACAGGGAUCAACACAAUCACAUGACCUGCCGGUGAUACAAGCACGUGGGCGACAGGAGGACGAUCAUAACAUUGACAACGCCUUCUCCAAGUACGCACACAACCCGCAUCAAGAGGAGUACGAGGAUGGUCCGCCUUCCUCUCCUGAUAGUGACGGAGUAACACUGGGAGCGCUGGAGUUCUCUCUCCUGUAUGACUCGGCUGCCAACGCUCUUCAUUGUACGAUUGUACGAGCCAGGGGACUGAAAGCAAUGGACUCCAAUGGUUUGUCAGAUCCUUAUGUUAAACUCCACACACUUCCAGGGGCAAGUAAGUCUAAUAAGCUAAGAACUAAAACAAUCCACAAGACACUGAAUCCCGAGUGGAACGAGACUCUCACCUACUACGGCAUCACGGAAGAUGACAUGCUCAAGAAAACUCUGAGGCUUGCCGUAUUGGAUGAAGAUGCCUUUGGUUAUGACUUCAUUGGAGAGACACGGGUACCUUUAAAGAGACUCCGGGCUGGCCAGACUAAACACUUCAACGUUUACUUGGAAAAGCAACUUCCGCUGGAGAAAGAUGAUGAUCUGAUGUCUAAUGAUCGCGGCAAAAUCCUCCUGUCCCUGAGGUAUAUUUCCGCCAAGCAGGCGCUCACCGUAGGCGUGGUUCGAUGUGUGGAACUGGCAUCCAUGGACAGCAAUGGUUACUCCGAUCCCUAUGUUAAACUGUGA